GUUUAUGAGCUGAUCGGUUCUAGAUGGAUGGACCAGGGAACUGCAUUUUGCUUUGGCCAGUUUCAGGAAGAUACGAAUGAAGCUCUCCUCAUUGCACGCUCGGAACGCAACUACCACGAUAUCAUCUUAUCUACCGCCAUUCGCUCAAACGAUGUAUAUCAGAGGCAACAAGAAACUCUUAUUGUAUGGACGGAACCCGAUGGCGUUGACUACGCCCUCAGUUUUCAAGACCCAGAGGGUUGCUCAGAAGUAUGGAACUUUAUCCUGGAGGUUCAAAGGCAUAUGAAUAACGAUGAUGGCUCGCCAGAUCCAUCCCUGACGAUGGCGAGCAUCAUUCGGUCAGGGAGCCUUCCACGACCACAACUUGGCAUUAUCGGCGAAAUUGAGAAAGCAAUAAAAUCACUUAGUCGCACAGCACACCUGAAGGAACGAAUAUGUGAAUACAUCCAGCAAGAGGGUUACCUCAAGUCGCUAAUUGAGGUCAUGAACACCGCCGAGGAUUUGGAGAGUCUGGAAAACCUGCAUGCAUUGUGUAGUCUUAUGCAAACUAUUCUGAUGAUGAAUGAUCAUGGUAUGUAUGAACACAUCCUUGAGGACGACGUUUUCUUUGGUGUCGUUGGAAUGCUUGAAUACGACCCUGAUUUCCCAGCGCACAAAGCUAAUUACCGCCAGUUCCUACAUCAGACAUCCCAAUUCCACCAGCCUAUCCCUCUUCGUGACAUAGCUAUCCAACGCAAAAUCCAUCACACAUACCGCCUCCAGUUCCUGAAAGACGUCGUUCUCGCACGAGCCCUCGAUGAUUCGACCUUCAACGUUCUUAAUUCCUGCAUCAUAUUCAACCAAAUCGACAUAAUACAACAUGUCCAACAGGACCACGCCUUCCUUCGAGAGGUUGUUCGAUUAUUUGUGGACGAGGAGAUGGAACAUGAUAUCUCCCUCCGACGAGAGGUCAUUCUUCUCAUACAGCAACUGUGUAUCAUGGGGAAAAAUGUUCAACUUCCUGCACGCCUCGCAUUGUUCCGAACGCUUGUUGAUCGAGGGAUACUUUUUGCCACUCAAUGGGCGUUAGGUCUUCCGGGUAAAGACCAAGAAAAUAAGUCCAUGGUUAGUGCUGGGGGCGAGGUGCUAUCCGCUCUCAUUGAUCACGACUUGAACGGAGUGCGCACGCAUGUUUUGAAGCAAGAAGUGGCUAUCGAAAAGGAGCGUCUGGCUGGAAAGAAAGGCGCAGAUAAAGCAGAGACCCUUUUGGAGUUGGUCUGCAAGAUUGUGACCCAGUGUCGCGACUUGGCGAUUCAAAGUCAAGUCGGGGACGCACUCAAGGCGUGGUUGGAUGUCCCGCCCGAUAGUCCCCCAAUGGCCGCGUCAGAGGUUGUUUUUUAUUCAAUUCAUUUAUUCCCUCAAUGCUGA